AUGCUACGACGCGUUAUAUCGCCAUUUCCGACACGAUCGUUUGCUAGCCACGCUGGCAUGCCGUGGCAAACCUCCAGUUUUGGGAUGCAAGCUUCGGCCAACAAUGCUGCAGGCCAAACAUCUAAUGCUUCAUCAACAUCCGCUUCUUCUGUCGACGAUCCAUUCUAUAAAAAGUACCAGGAAAAGAUAAACCAAAAAGUAAAGAGUGCUGGAGUCAAGAGUGUCGAAGAGCUGAAACAAAAGCUAAUCACUCCCGUAAAACCCUCUCCUGCUGCUACUAGUGCUCGAGCCAGUGGUGCGCAACAACCAAAACCACUACACAGGCCUGCUCCUUACAAGAGGAAGGACUCGAGCAUAAAGCCUCUAUCAGAUAUCUUGCAGAUGGAUCUAAUACAACACCUCGAUGCUGAAGCUCUGACAAAGAUAUGGAAUGAACACCACUCAAAUCUCACAAAGGACGUCAUAUCCGGUGUCAUGACAAAAGACUUUUAUGAAAGGCAACAGAAGAGAUCCUCACAAUAUCCUACUUUCGUACUUCCACUCCCACGAAAAGAAGGCUUUGAAUUCUUCUACCUCCAGCACUCUGGCUGCCAAACAUACCUGACUUCCCUCCUAGAAUACAAGACUCGUAUAGAGGGCGCUCGUCCAUCUCUCGUCAUGACACACUACGAUGAUCUAGCUGAUAAAAUGGGAAUAGUGGUGAUGCGUGGAGAGAUUGGUGUGAAUACCCUUACUGCCAUUGAAGCUAGGAAUCUCGCUUAUCUCAUACAGCUGUAUUAUGUGUCUGGUGAUGAGAAGAAGCUAGCGCUUGUUGAGAGGUUUCAUCAUAGCCCCCAGACGUUUAAUUAUCAGGAUCUUAUAGAUAGUGUAGAGACGCUUGCAUAA